CCUCCCCAUCAUACAUACAAUAUCCCGAUACUUCUCGCAUUCAAGAUGAAGCUUUCUCACACUGCCAUUCUACUCUUCACAAUCUUCCAAUCCAGCCUCGCGAUUCCCGAAAAACGGGCAGACGACCCAGCCACAAUUGCCGCAAUCAAGGUCAUGGCGCACCGAAUGGUUAAAAACGGCGAAUCGUAUAACUGCUUGGCUGCAAUCAUUGACCGCCAGAGCGGGUGGGACUAUGAGGCCAAAAACCCCAGCAGCGGCGCCUAUGGCCUGUUCCAAGCAUAUCCGCCCGACAGAAUGGCCUCGGCUGGUGGGGACUGGAAGACCAACCCUGAGACCCAGCUGGAAUGGGGCCUUGAUUAUAUUCGCAGCCGCCAUCGGACCGCCUGCGCCGCCUGGAAGACCUUGAAAGAGACCGGGUCGUGGUAACUAGGGUCUUCGUGUUUCAUCGGAGGUUGGUACCUGGUAUUUAUGGAGGGGAUUGGUGGAUAGUUUACGAGUAGAACAGGCCACAACUAAAUAAUAUUCUGCGCCCGCAACAAUUAAGCAGAUGUGUCCGCCGCGCCGUUAGAUA